AGCCCACGACCUCAUACCGCUAUCCGCAUCUGACCCUCCCGACACCGCACAACCACCAUUGACACAGCCCGCGAGCCGCUGGAAUAAGCCUCUCUCGAGAGCUCUUCGGCCAUCAUGACGUCCAUAGGCACGGGCUACGAUCUCCUCAACUCCAUCUUCUCUCCCGACGGCCGGAACUUCCAGGUCGAGUACGCAGUCAAGGCGGUAGAGAAUGGCGGCACGUCGAUCGGCAUCCGGUGCAAGGACGGCGUCGUCCUGGCCGUCGAGAAGGUCGUCGGGUCCAAGCUGCUGAAGCCGGGAGCGAACAAGCGCAUUGCCACCAUUGACAGCCACGUCGGAGCCGUGUACUCUGGCAUGGUCCCCGAUGGCCGCCACUUCGUUGACCGGGCCCGAGACGAGUCCCAGAGCUGGCGCCAAAACUUCAAGACCCCGAUCCCCACAGCCGACCUGGCCUCCCGCAUGGGCGGCUACCUGCAAGCCUACACCAUGUACGGCUCCGUCCGGCCGUUCGGCAUCACCGCCAUCGUCGGCGGCGUCGACACCUCCGAGGACACGCCUGUCGACGGCGAGGUCGGCUCCGGCCCCAAGUGCGGCGCCGGCGGCAAGGUCCCCGGAAAGCACGGCGGGCCCUUCCUCUACAUGAUUGAGCCGAGCGGCCUAUACUGGGGGUAUUACGGCGCGGCGACGGGCAAGGGCCGCCAGGCUGCCAAGGCGGAGCUGGAGAAGCUGGACCUGCCCGCCGGCAACAUCACGAUACACGAGGCCGUCAAGGAGGCGGCGCGCAUCAUCUACGUGGCGUCAAAGGACAACAAGGACAAGGAUUUUGAGCUGGAGAUGACGUGGAUCAGCGGCGCCGACGGUCCCACCAAGGGCCGCCACCAGGAGGUGCCCAAGGAGCUGCGAGAGGAGGCCGAAAGAUUAGCAAAGGCUGAGGACGACUCGGACGAUGACGAUGAGAACGACAAGAAGGACGAGGACAAGAUGGAGGAAUAGAGAGGGGCUCUGAAUGUGGAAGCGAGACAUGUACUAUCACAAUGCAAAUGGCAGGUUCAUAGAAUAAUGCUUGCACUAGUUGGGACUCGCUUGGGAUGGGAGCAAAGUGGCUGUUGGCGCGUCGCCGCCAUCAUCGUGAUAUUAUGUCUAUCUAUUCCAUACAGUUCUAUGUUUGCGAUAUACAGCUCUUUAGGCAUGGG